GAGGGACACGAGAGAAGGGAGCCUGAUGCAGUCUGCUGCAGAGACUGUGGAGAAUGCCUCCAUCCUGUCAGGUGGCUCGGCACAGGACGGUCAUCGGCUCUGGAUCGGCAACAUUGACCCCAAAAUCACAGAGUACCACCUAGUGAAGCUCCUGGAGAAGUUUGGCAAAGUGAAGCAGUUUGACUUCCUGUUCCACAAGUCAGGUCCUCUGGAGGGCCAGCCAAGAGGAUACUGCUUUGUCAACUACCACACCAAAGAGGAGGCUGAACGGGCUAUUCAGUGUCUGAAUGGAAAAUUGGCACUUUCUAAGAAGUUAGUGGUGCGUUGGGCUCAUGCUCAGAAGUUUGAACCCUUCAGAGGAGACAAAAAUGUGCCGGCCAGUUUAGAGCCUUCAUCCAGUGAAGCCGAGGAGCUGCCAACCACACUAGGUGUUAAUGCAAAGAUCCGUGCCAUCGAAGCCAAGCUGCAGCUGAUGGAAGAAAACCCAGAUGACUAUUCCGGCCCAUCUGCGUAUAUCUACAACAAACCCCCCGAUAAAAGAGACAAGAGGUCCCAGCCCUACUACAAGCCAUUCCGCAGAUUCAGAAGAUGACCUCUCCAACAGCUGUGCAAGUGUCGCUGCACUGAAGGGACUGCGAGGGGUGCAGACAUAAGCUAAGCUGCUCUUGUCUCUUGGCUAGUGAGAGACUGUAAUGUAUCAUGAGACGAGAAAGUCCAACACCUUUGAUUGGUAGUGCUGUUCUGUUUCUCGGCCAGUGGAGGAGUCUUUUUACUGUGAAAGACAGCUGAUGUAAGCAGAAUCUAACCACAUAAUUCUAGUGAAUUCAUUUUUCCUUUUUUGAACAUUGCUGUUACCCAAGUAAUUUCAGUUCUUCAGGGUUUAAAGGGAUAGUUCAGUAGAAAGAUUACAAUUCUGUCAUCAUUUACUCACCUUUGUUGUUCCAAAGCAGUAAGAGGAUUUUGAUAAACGUCUUUUGUCAAUGAGAUCCGAUGUUGUUUGAACCCUAAAAUAUCUUCCUUUGUGCUCCACAGAAGAAACAACAGUUGUACAGGUUUGAGAAAAUCAUGGAUGCACAUAAAUCAUGAUAGAGUUUUGCACCUUUUCACAAUCUCAGUUCACAUCCCUUCCUUGAAAUAGUUUUUUAUGCACUUGUAAACUGCCCAGUGUGCUGCUUGUGAAAGUGUUGUUGUGUGUUGUGAGUCUUAUGAUCUGAAAUCUACAUACUACUCAGACUUUACCAGUCUUUGUUACACUGCUGUGAAGCACAAUAUUAUGCAUUGUUUAUCUUAAUAUCUUAUCUUUUUAAGUCUAACGUGAAAAGGGCUUUUAUCACGUGAUCUGGAGAGGGGGCAUCACAACAGCUGAUGUCAUCAACAGUUUAGAUCAAGUGUAAAUAUCCAGGUAUUUUGAUAGAUUUUGCUCCUGUCCUGUUCAAAAAUAAAUAAAACGGUCCUCCUAUGAGGUGCACAAACAA